UUCUGUAUUUUUUUUAAUUUUUUUUGUUGUCGUCCAAAUCGUUCUCGUUUACGAAGAUUCAUGACACCCAUUUUCGGACCCACCUCAUCAAACCUCAAAAUUUACAAAUUUUUCCGUUGCCAGGAGGAAGACUCCAACAAGAUUGAAGAAUUAAUGAUUCGUUCAUGCAAAAGAAUUUGAUUUUUAGAUUUCAGAUUUGGUAGACUGGUGAUUAUAACAAAAGAUUGAAAAGUAUUCAAGUUGUGAAAUUAGUUUCACAAGAACUGGAGGAUAUAAAUUAUGCCAGGUUUGAUUGAAAGGAAACAAACGAAGGAACGUGAAUUUCUAAUCGAGCGUCCAAAUGAACGUUGUUGGCAGAGUUGGCAGUCUCAUUUCACAAGGAGUUUAUUCGGUUGCCACACCGUUUCAUCCCUUCGGUGGGGCAGUCGAUAUAAUCGUUGUUCAGCAGCAGGAUGGGAGUUUUCGCAGUGCGCCGUGGUAUGUUCGAUUUGGUAAAUUUCAAGGCGUUUUAAAGGGUACGGAGAAGAUCGUCCACAUAUCUGUCAAUGGCAUUGAAGCCAAGUUCCAUAUGUAUCUUGAUAACUCUGGUGAGGCUUAUUUCAUAAAGGAAGUAGAAACUGGUCAAGGAGAUCAGGCUGAUGGAGUUACAGAUGAUAUGGUUAAGGAUGGUGUCAUUUUUGUAGACAGCAAGGAUGACCAUAAUAAAAAUUUCAUUGUAACGGGUCGGCUGGAGCACAGUGUCUCGGAUACUACAGUCAUUCAGCUGCGAGAUGAAGACAGUUCUAUGGCGGUUGCUCGAUUGGAGAAGGCAGAAUCUGAUGUUGAGCAUAGAUUCUAUGAUUUUCAGGAUGAGCUGUCUUCUGUGGAGGAUUUAGAGACUAAUUCUAAUCGAUAUGAGAAUUUAGAGACUGAGAGUUGUGCCGAGUCACAGGGUACGGAUUCGGAGGUUAUCCUAGUGAGUGUCGAUGGUCAAGUCCUGACUGCACCGAUAUUGGCAACUGAACAAAAUACAGAAGAUGUGCAGUUAAGUACACCUCAGUUCCAUUUGGGUCCUGGGGAGGGGACUGAAUUUUGUGAAGACGACGAGUUUACAGGCGAGGAUGCUUGGGCAGCUGAUUAUAUCAAUCAGCUCAAUACAUCUACGGAAAACGCCACAAUGGAUAAAGUUGGUGGUUUGAGCAAUGAGUCUAAGGGUAGUGCUGUUUCCCAAACUGAAGAAACCCGAGGAACUCGAGAUGGCCGCAUUAGAAUAGAGAAAGCGAUUUCUAAAGACUGUUUGGAGCUGUCGAAAUUCGCCAAACUGGUUGGAAACACCGAUUCUGAAAGUGUCAUCUCUCCAGUGGAGGCUGAAUAUUUAGAAGAAAAAUUAAACACGAUUGUUCCAUCGGUAUCUAAAACCAAUGGGGGGAGUGUUGUUGACUCCAGAGAUAGAAAUGGGACACGUUCAGGUAGUGAUUCCGAUAGCUCUGUUGUGAAUAUGACUCGAGAGGUACUUGUUAAAGCUGGUGGAACCGAGGAAAACGUGUUUGAUGACAAACAGUUUGACACAAUUGAGGGAAUUGAAAGAAUGGACAGCGGUUCGCAAGGGCCCGUUGCUGAUGACGAGUGCAGUGUUAGAGAGCUGGAGAUAUUUCCAGCAGACGCUUUAUGUGGAAGUACAUAUCAUCAUUCAACAAGCUUCGAGAUAUCACUUUGCGGCCGUGAACUUCGUGCUGGUAUGGGCUUGGUUGCUGCAGCCGAAGUCUUCGACGCACAUCAUGUGUCUGCAGAGGAAUUUGAAAAGUCCGCUUCAUCAAUUACUAAAAAUGGGAAUCUAAUUAUCAGAUAUGGAGAAAGGUACAUGUCGUGGGAAAAAGCCGCUCCUAUAAUACUGGGGAUGGCUGCAUUUGGAGUUGAUUUAGCAGUGGAUCCCAAAGAUGCAAUUUCUGUGGAACAGGAUGACUCGUUGAGGCCUUGGGACGAUGAAUCUACUCCCACGUCCACUCCGGCAGGGCGAAGAUGGAGGCUCUGGCAUAUUCCAUUUAGAAGGAUUAAAACGCUUGAUCACAGUAACAGUAGCUCAUCGAAUGAGGAGAUUUUUGUCGAUUCCGAAUGUACAUUACAGAACUCACUAGGAGAACAAAGUCCAAGGGUGCCGAACCGCAUCAAUGAGCCUUCUAAGAGACAGCUUGUGAGGACAAAUGUUCCAACAACUGAGCAGAUAGCAUCUUUGAAUCUGAAAGAGGGCCAAAACAUGAUAGCUUUCACUUUUUCAACUCGGGUUCUAGGGACGCAAAAGGUCGACGCUCACAUUUACCUAUGGAAAUGGAAUGCAAGAAUUGUGAUUUCUGAUGUUGAUGGGACUAUUACCAAGUCUGAUGUAUUAGGUCAAUUCAUGCCUUUGGUCGGGAAGGAUUGGACGCAAUCUGGCGUGGCUAGACUAUUUACCGCAAUAAAGGAGAAUGGUUAUCAGCUGCUAUUUCUCAGUGCACGGGCCAUUGUUCAGGCGUAUCUUACCCGAAGUUUCUUACUCAACCUAAAACAGGAUGGAAAAGCUUUACCAAAUGGACCGAUCGUUAUCUCACCCGAUGGACUAUUUCCUUCUUUAUUUCGAGAAGUAAUAAGAAGAGCACCCCAUGAAUUCAAAAUUGCCUGUUUAGAGGAUAUUAAGAAGCUUUUCCCUCCCGACUACAAUCCGUUUUAUGCGGGGUUUGGCAAUAGAGACACAGAUGAGCUAAGCUAUCGAAAAGUCGGGAUUCCGAAAGGAAAGAUAUUCAUAAUCAACCCCAAGGGAGAAGUCGCCAUUAGUCAUCGAAUUGACGUGAAGUCUUACACGUCUUUGCACACACUUGUUAACGAUAUGUUUCCGCCAACCUCGCUGGUCGAGCAGGAAGAUUAUAACGCGUGGAAUUUUUGGAAAGUGCCAUUGCCUGAGAUUGAUUUGUAGUCGUUGCACAGAGAAAAAGAUCAGUUUCGAUGUACGAAAAAGACGAAAUUCUUCACAUUUUCACUGGUUUCUUCCUCAAGUAAUUUUGACACAGAGGCACAGGAGCAUUGUUUGAAGCUGUAGCUAUUUGGGUGGAUCAAGCGAAGCUCCUGUGUGGAAUAAAAGUAAAGAUGUUAGUUGAAUUUUAUCUCUUAAUCUUGUCUUCUUUUGCUUCCUUUUUGGUUAUAUUACAUUCAGAUGCACUUAAAUUCAUUAAUUUAUGUUCUUGCUUACCAUGAUUUGAGGUUCU